UUCUCGUCGCGUUCACAGUGACAUCUUUGCUCGUAUCUUCGCAGCCAUCACUAUGAUUGGAUUCUGGUGUACUCAGGGAGUACCAAAACAACAAUUAGAGUGUUUGAGUCGCGCUCUCAAGAGCAAUCAUUACAUGCAGAAAGACCGGAUCUGAAAACUAUAGCGACGCCGGGAUCCCGACUGACACAGGUCAUCUUCGCUUUGUCCACGGCUCGGCGACAGCAUGCUAUAUCGCUGCCCGCAGCGCUUCACUAAAUGGCUUUUUGUAUGGCAUGGGCGUUUGUUUGUCGCCAUUCCUUUCACAGGCACGACUCGCUUGGUUCUCAUGACCUACAUCCUUCCAAUAGUCGGAUGGUCCCCGACCCUAACUCUAGUUGGCACAACGGAUGCUGAGUUACAAAGAGCUUUGAGUGCUCCAAGUAUUCUCACAAGAAGGUAAGUAGAUAGCUGUAUUGACGCUUGUUGGCUAAUUUUUGUUUGACCUCAUGGGUUUGUGCGCAGUGCUCCUGAACUACACAGCCAUAUUGAUCAUUGUUCCUCUAGGCUGAACUUUCCUCGUCGGACGUCUUCUCAAGUAAAUUUUCUGCAAUCGGCCAAAUCACAUUCAUUCAGUCCAACACCUAAGCACAAGCUAUGGGUGUUAGGUUCGGCGUGUGAGAUCGCGACAAUGCGCCCAUUGGUACGCUGCCUGCCGACUUGAAUAUGAGCCAAUACAACGCUCGAUAGUAUUAUCAACCAAGCCACCAGUAUAUCGCCGUCUCCAGCACGUUUACUAUCCGACUUCCACUUGCCAAUGACUCUGCUUCUCUUUCGGACCCCUACAUGACUGGAGAACAAGCUUUGCAGAACGGCAUC